AUAAAUACAUCCCCAUUCAUCAGGUUGACAACGAAAUCGCUGCAUGGCAAACGUUUAUUAUAUUUGAGGUUUGCUUGUGGUACCUGCUUGCGCUAACCAUUAGCGCUGCGGCCGCCUAAAAAUCAAAGAUGUCCAUACUGGAUAUGAAGGCCGGUCCGCCGGAUUAUUGGGCGGAGAUUGGCAACUUCUUUUUACCGCUUAAAUAUCUAAUUACCAACGAUCGUUUCGAUGCACUUGUACAGAAUAUUGAUUUGCAUUACCUGAUCAAUGCGGUCUUCUGGAUAUUUGUGGCGUUAUUCUGCGGCUUCCACGGAUUUCAGCGCGUCUUCCAGUUCUUCCUUAAAUCGUCGAACGUCAAGUAUUUUAAGCGCAAACAAUUCGCUCGCUUGAUAUGGAACAUUGCAUUCUAUGGAGCCUGCUGUCUCUUUUUGCACUUCUACAAUGAGUUUAUGAUAUUGCCGCAGCUGAUGAAGAACCAGGGCCGUUAUUCGCUCUUCCACAGUUCGGACAAUCUCAUCUUUUAUCGAUCGCAUCAGUAUGAGAAGUUUCAGUUUUAUUCGAUAUUCAUCAUUGCCUUCUAUCUGCAUGGCGCCAUGCUCGACUUCAAGGAGGCUGACUUUUUGGAGACCGUCUCCAAGUGGCUCUACCUAUUCGCCCUCAUCGCGAUCGACGUGUACAGAUAUGAAAACUAUUUUGUUGGCCUGAAUCUCACAAUGGGGCUGCACAGCAUACUUGCGGAGUGCCUGACCCUGCUGGCGCUGCAGAAUUCGAAUCGGAAUCGCUGGGUCUACCAGCUGUUUAUGGGUAUGCGGGUUGCCGCCUGGCUGCAUGUGCAUAUCAAUCUGCUGCCCUUCAAUUACUUUAUACCCACGCUUUUUGCCAAGAACUUUAAGCUGCCGCUUAAUGUGGCCAUUUGGCUGUGGUAUGGCCUCGCCAUAUGGAAUUCACCGGUGCUGCAGCUCUUCUACCAUCAGAUCUAUCAUACCUCGCCCUCUGAUUGCUCCGGCGAGGGCUCUGCGGCAAAAUGCAUCCUGAUGAGGGACAGCAGCGAGUAUCGACAUUACAAGACGCUCAAAAGGGCAUACAUCGAGGUGAAGCUGGCCCAUGAGAAGGCAACAUCCAAUCCUCUUCCAGCCACCGAAUCCGCCUCGGCCAAAACCUAUCAGGCCAUCAAGUGCGUUAUGAUGCUGAAGCGCAAAUUGAAGCGCAUACGCGAGGGUCGCGGCGCCGAGCCGGAGUACGACAGAGAGGAGCUCAACGCGGAUUAAGACAGCAUUGCCUAUUGACUGCAAAAAAAAAACCAAAAAAAAAACUUUAUUUCUUCUGCUUAUAAAAGACAAAGCCCUAGGCAGGGUGCUCUUUGCGCCUCUUCUUCCAACUACCUCCCAAGUCUUAAACACACGAAUACAUACCACAUACCCAACAUACCAAUGAACAUCACAUUGACAUACACACGCACACGCACGCACACGCACGCACACACACGCUCUCUCUAGCGCCUAGUUAGUUUUCAAAUUUCACACCUAGUGAACUCUAAAGCAAUAAUUAUUUAUGUACUUAUGAACGUAGCAGUAGCAUAUAAAUCGCCUUAGCUCAACAAAUCGUUGUUUUUUCGCUGUGACUUAUGAAAUUUCGAAAUAUUUGUAGUUCUAUUAAAAAUAA